GUUUGAGCGUUUAGGUCAGGUUGGGUCGCUUAAUAUUCUUGGCACAUAGGCUAACCGGCAGAUGUGUUAUUUAUCUGCUUGAAAAACGUAUAUAUUUCUUAUAUCUGUGCUUAUACGGAAGGAGCUGACGAGGACUUUAUGGCAUAAACAAAAGGACACGAGAGACAUUUGUUCUCGAUGAAUGAGAAUACGAUGAAAACAAAGCGCUUUUCUAAGCGUCCAGGACCAAACUGGCAAGGUAAUGCUGCAAAUAAGGGUGAAAAGAAGCCAGUGAGCCAGGCAAAGCAGACACAAGUGUCCUCUCAUGCACAAGUCAGACCUUUUGCUGGGAAAGUGUUUUUCCUGGAUCUACCAUCGAACAGAAAAGCAGAGACACUUGAAAGUGACAUCAAAGAACUGGGAGGGACUAUUGAGAAAUUCUUCAGUAAAGAAAUUAAGUAUCUGGUAUCCAACAAGCGUGAGGCGAGAUGUGUCCAUGGCCUCAGGAAAGAUUCUCCUGCUCCCAGCGCGGACUCCGGGCCAAGCUCGCCACACCCUUGCUCAAAUCCCCUCAACCAUGGAGAAAGUAUCAAGAGCAGGUCUCUGAAUCAAGCAGAAACGUUUGUCACAAGCCGAGGGAAGUCUUUGGUGGAAAAAGUAGUGAAGGAGCAGGGCCGGGUACAGAUGGACAGGAUGCUGUCAAAUGCCCUGGAGUGGGGUGUUAAAAUUCUCUACAUAGAUGAUCUAUUAGCAUAUGUCCAGAAGAAGAAAAAGGGUUUCCAGAGCCAGGUUCUGAUGACUGCUGCUCCCAAAAAAAGUGUCAAAAUUGAAUCGGCAGCAAAGCAACGCUCUCAGAAAUGCAAAGUGGGGCGGCUGACUAAACCUUUCAUCAAGGUCGAGGAUUCAAGCAAACAUUAUCGCCCAAUCUACCUCACAAUGGCAAACAUGCCUGAGUUCAACCUGAGUUCCAUUGCUCCUGGUACUCCCUUCUGUCUGGAAGACAAAGAGCCUCCUGGAACCAAACCCAAGAGGGGUGUGAAAGCUCCAGCCAGCGAGGAGAAGGCUCAAAGUCGAAAGAGGAACAGAGACAAGAAACGAGGCGGCUACUGCGAGUGCUGUAUGAUCAAAUAUAACAACCUCACAAUGCAUGUCCGGAGUGAACGUCACAAAGCUUUCUCUAAGAGUGAUGAGUACUCUGUGUUGGACCAACUGGUUUCAACUCUGCAAUGCAAUUUCACCCACUUAAAAGCUGAAGUCAAAAGACCAAAGUGCAGUGUUUCCUCUGUUUUCGUCACUACUGGACCAUGUGGAAAAACUGACCUAAAAAGAGAUGGUGAUCUCUCGGAGUCUGUUAAAGUGGAACAACAUGGGACUGUUGAUGGAUCUAAGGGAUCAUAUCCAGGACAGAAUACGAAAACGGGAUCUGUGCCCUGCUCUCCACCCCACAUUCAUGCAAAGUUUAACUGGAUGAACUCGUAUACCUACUCGCACAGAUCCAAGCACAAAUCGUCUGCUCCUAAACGGACGUCCAGUCACAAUUCCCUCUUGACUUCUUGCACACAAAAAUCUGAGCAGGCUCAGAUUCCUCAGUUGAAGUCAGAAACGACUCCCUCUGCAGGUGAAACUGUGCUGCCGUUUCCCUCCAGAGUCACCCAGGUUGACCUGGUGGAUCAGAAGCUUCAAAAAGACACAAGCAGCUCUGCACCCCAUGUGCAUAAUACCAACGUCUCGAGUGAAGUAACGGAUAGAGUCAACGCAAUGACACACGAGCAGGAAAAUAUUAAAAAGGAUACAUCGCACUCAGAGACUGUCCAGGAGGGAAAUGCUUUUUCUGACAAAGGGACUGGGAAUGAUCUCUCUGAAAAGCAAGAAGGAAGCUUUUCUCCGGUCCGGAAAAUUAGGAGGAGAAUCAAAGUUCAUAAGCACAAAAGACGGAAAAUUGACACUAACAUCAAGGGUGAUGAUGUCCCAGAUUACUCCAUACUUAGGUUGUUAGAGAUUUUCCAGUCCAGUGAUGACAUGGAUGUGGAGUUUCAUGGAUUUGUAGAGUAAGAAGCAAAUUAUUAACUAAAGGGAUGAGCUGGACUUUCUGAGCCACAAACGUGUGUGUGUGUGUGUGUGUGUGUGUGUGUGUGUGUGUGUGUGUGUGUGUGUGUGUGUGUGUGUGUGUGUGUGUGUGUGUGUGUGUGUGUGUGUGUGAUUUAACGCAUGUUUUUAAUAUGAAUUGUAAAACCACAUCAAGGUUUGAUAACGAUCUGCAAAAAACUGAAGGCUCUUCUGAAAGACAAGAUAUUAUUAUCAGUAUCCUCUUAAACUUUUAUUUCUGUUAAUUAGAAACCAUUGGAAAGCAUAAACCAUAAAUUAUAUGCUAGAGUAUGAACCGUUCCCCCAUGUUAGAUAAAAAAAAAAACAAAAAAAAAAACAACAUCUCUGUGAAAAUAAUAACAAGCCUGAAGUGAAGAAUUGUAAAAGCAUUCAAACAUUGUUCUGGGACUGGAAGUGAGGAAUAUGCAGCUUCAGAUCUGAAUGACUUCCUCUUCCUCUUUUUAUCUAUCGUUUGUUUUACAUUAUACCAGAUGAAUGGCAGCUGCCGGUGUCCUUUGACACUUUUGUUUACAGAGUAGUGUUAAGGUAAAAGAAAAACACAACUAAAAGUAAAAUAUAAUAUUUUUUUACUAUAAAAUGUAUGAUAGUGAGCAUUUUGUACACGGUUUUCUUUACAAAUAUUUGUGCCAUAUUUAUUCUCAAUUUUGAUUAAAGAUGUAAUGCAUAACU